CCCUUUACGUUAGAAAAAAACUCGUCUUUGUACUUCAAACCGGAAACAGUAUUUCGUCAUUUUGGCGCGAGAAGUGUAUUCCUACUGCGGCCGUCAUUACGUUUUUAUGAAUCAUCAGUUGUUUUUAUAAAUGUUGCCUAUGUGUUGUAAAUAUAGAUCAAAGGACAGAAAGCUUAAAUGUUGUUACAUCGUGAUGUUCAACUGAAUGUUAUUGGUGGCUCCUCGUUUGAGCUGUAUAUGAUAUUUUCUUUUUAAGUUUAGGACUCAAGUAAGCCAUUUCUGAAACCCCAAAGUUGUUUAUUUUGUGGACGCACAGGACAGUGAAAACAGCGACUAACACUAUGAAUGAAGAUGCACCUCUACCUCUGUCAGCUCUGCAGCUUAUCGCUCCACCUUUACGCCUGAUAUCCGCAGCCAUGUGGAAAGUGAUGCUGCAGAGGGAUGUGGUGCAUUAUGGGAAAUUGGAGGAGACCAUAACGUCACUCUGUGAAACUGUACCUGGGCUCCUCCAUUACAGACAUCAGGCCAGACUGACAAUGGGUUUGCGGGCACUGACGAUCUUGGAAGCGCUUCGCCAGUCAGAUCCUCCUGAUGAUCAGCUUAUACUCCAGGAGCUGCACAAGCUGCAAAAUUCCUACAUUCCCAUCAAAAAGAGGAAGGAUCAGAAGGUGGAACAAGCGAAACGCAACUUUCAGACCCUGGUGAACUCUCUGCUGAAGAACGCAGCAGCCAGAAAACAGUUCUUCAGGGAGGAAUUCCAUCUUCACUAUGGAGGAAACUAUGUGGCCAGUCUAGAAAAGCUAUUGUGGGAGUUUCUAAUUCGACUGGAUAAACUAUUACCUGUUCCAGAUCUUUCUCAGACAGUCUUGUGGCUCAGUGGUGCCCCUGCUGUUCUGGAGGAGUGUGCACGCUCUGCAUCACAGCCCCAGCUCCUCAGGACUCUGCUGCAGCAUGAAAGAUGCCUCGGACACCUCGGCUCAGCAUCUCUUCUGUCAUCUACUGGUGAUGCCAUCCUGUCUUCCCUUUCCCUCCCUCUUUCGGGUAGAGUGCAGCGGACCAUCCGAUCAGAAUCCACUCACUUAUCCAAAAGGGUCACAAAUCCUGCACCGUCAAGUCCCAGAACCACUCGCAGAACAGUGAAAGAAACCCAGUCACAGGUCGCACCUGUGUUCGGGUGCCUUUCUGUUGACGCUCUCCAAAAAAACGAGAAGGUAGCGAGAUCGGGACAAGAAGUCGAAACUGCUUCAGAGAUGUCCAGAAAUACCAGAAGCAAACAAAGAUCAUGUUCUAAUAAAAACAUUUUGGAGAAAGAUCCAGAAAAGGAGUAUUUCGUUGGGAAUAUGUUGGUCACCGUGAUCAGUCAGUCAUCUGACAGUGAAGUAGAAGAGGAAGAGGAGGAGGAGGAGGGCAGCAAAGAAGAAAUAAACGGUAGGAAAGGGAGUAGUGAGAGAGCAAACAAACUAGCCAAAAAGACUGCAAGUAAGAACGGAAAUGGAAAAAGAGGGCAAGAUGAUACAAGGGAACAUUCAACUAGGAGAAGCUUUGAGGACACGGAGUCACAGCAAGAAGCAGAAACGAGUGCUCUCCUUGUUUCUUGCAUGAAGCGCCAGCCAAGAGUGGUCAUUCCCAGAUUAAACGACAACGAUCAACAUAUCUGUCCAAAUCCUCCAUGUCAGUCUCCAUGCCAGCCUGCCUCAAACGACAGUGUGGGAAACAGUGACUCUGUGAUGCGCAAAAGGAAAUUUACUGAUCUGAGUUCAACGCCAACUCCCAAGAAACACAUGACGCUAUCAGUCAAUGGACCAAUUUCUACUUGCUCUCCAAGUAUUCCUCUUGUUCUGCAUCUUCCAGUCGGUAGUCCAGAUACCCCAUCUCCUUUGGUUAAUUCAUCAGAUGAUAUCAUUGUCGAUUCUGAUGAUGAAAAAACAGACCGUGUCAAGAGAAAGGUAUUCAGUCAGCAGUAUUGCAAAACAAAGAAUGGUACGUAUGUUCCCACUCUGCAGGAGUUCUGGAAUCCUGAGAUUUGUUCCACAUUGUCUCCUGGAACCAGACAUUGAUGCACUUUUGGAACGUCAUUCUUGCUUAAAGACUUUGAUGCUGAUGUGUUUGCUGUUAUAGAUUAUGCAUGGUCAAAAGAUUUUAUUAAAAAAAUAAUCUGUCAUGUAAUACAUUUGCAGCCAAGGAAACUUACCUGAUUUUAAGAAGUGCUCAUUAAAGGAACCGUUGACCCAAAAAUAACAAUUCUGUCAUGGUUUACUCACCUUUGAGUAGUUCCAAACCUGCAUGAAUUUCUUAGUUGUGCUUAAUACAAAGGAAGACAUGUUGAAGAAAGUUUGUCAUCAAGCUGUUUAGGAACACCAUUGGCUUUUAGUAUUUUUUUUUCGCCUAUGGAAGUCAGUAGUGACCCAAAACAGCAAACAUUCUUCAUGGUAACAAUUUUUUCAUUUUUGGGUCAACUAAUUUUUUAAUUAUAAUAAUUUUAUUUCUGUAUCAUGUAGCUUCUUGUUAUAAUAAUUAAUUUAAAUAAAGAAUUGUUUACUGCUAUAUGUAUGUGCUUUUAAGGGAAAUAAAGUUAUGUACGUAUCUA